UUCUGCAAUACACUACGGGUGAGCCUCAUGAUCUUAUAUCCGCGUGUGUCUACCUUGAUCCUAAAGAUGGCUACAAGGAGGCAAGGAAGCUCCUAGAUCGAGAAUAUGGAAACAAGUACGGCAUAGCAGCCGCCUUUCGCAAAGAAAUGAACAACUUCCCCCACUUCAAAGAAGAUUCAGAUAAAAUCAAGGAGUACUGUUGCUGACUAAGUGUGGUACAGGCAUGAAAACCAUGAAAAGCCUCGUGACAUUGGACGACAGUGAGCUAAUUUUCAGGCUAAUGCUCAAACUUCCUCCCCCCUGCAAAAGAAAAUGGAGACAAACAGUUCAGCAGAUCGAGGAAAAGCAAAAUAAAGAAGCUGGCUUUGAGGAUUUCUCCGUCUUCGUUCGCCAUCUCUCAAGUGAGUGGAACCAUGCAGUGUAUGGUCUAAAGAAAAAAGCGGAAAUAGACCCCAGCACCUCCUUGAUUUCGAAGGACAGAAGGAACCUGUCUUUAGCCACCAACACGUCACGAUCAAGCCUCACUAGAAACUCAAAUCGAACUGAGUUAAGGUCUUGCCCAUUCUGCGUAAGAAACCACCCCAUUGAUACCUGUAAUGAAGCCAAGCGCUUCUCAUUGCAAGAAAGACGGGAAGUCUUGAGAGGGCGAUGCUUCGGGUGCUUAGAAUGGGGGCAUUGGGCGAGGGCAUGCCAUCAGCAAAAGUUGUGCGACGUUUGUUCGAGGAGGCAUCCCACCAUUCUCCAUGAGGAAGAGCUACAACCAGAUGGUCAGGACUCUUUGCAAACCACGCCGGAAGUCAACGUCAGGGGAGUCCAGGUGUUAAGCAAUGUUAAGAGCGACAACCUACUGGCGAUAGCAGUGGCCUUGGUCCCUGUCAGGAUCCGCAUCCAAGGGCUAGAGAAGGACAUCGUGACUUACGCAGCUCAAGACUCGUAUAGCACAGACACUUUCAUCAAAGAGGAACUUCUCAAGGCACUAGGCAUCGAAGGCACACCAACCACCGUCUUUCUAACAACUAUGGGACAGAAGAGAUCGCCUAUCACAGCCCGAACCGUGAAAGGCCUUGAGAUCUCAGACAUGAAUAACGAAAAUACAGUAACCCUGCCGGAAGUUUUAGCUUACAAGGACUUACCAGUAGAUCGCGGAUAUAUCCCAACUCAAGACCAGAUUAACUCAUGGCCACAUUUAGCAAAGCUUCCAAUCCAAUGGUCCGCAGCAAAGGUUGGAGUUUUAAUUGGAAUGAACGUUCCUGGAGCUUUACGACCACUCAAAGUGGUGCAUGGUAAGGACGACGAACCUUAUGCCCUUCAGACCAAGCUGGGCUGCACUAUUCAUGGACCCAUGGGAAGAAAUUCUAAUCGACAACACAAGUGCAAUUUAAUCAAGAUAGACAACGGAAACAUUAAGGACAUGAUCCAAAAACUGUAUGAUCAAGACGUGCCGGACCCUGUCGGAGCUGCUGCCCUUGGCCCAUCUGUGGAAGACCGCCAAUGGUUAAAAAUGUUGAAGGAUGUGCUCGCCUCGUUGACGGGCACUAUCUCAUUAAUCUCCCUUUUAGAAGUCCCAAACCAAAAUUCCACAACAGCAGAGAGCAAGCACUGCAACGCGUUCUUGGCCUAAAAAGGAAAUUGUUGAGGGACCCAUCCUACUUCACCGACUACAAGUCCGUAAUGGAAGACCUAUUGGCUAAAGGUUUCAUGGAAGCGGCAAUGAACCCCAGAGAGGAUCCAAGUAAAGAGGUUUUUUACAUCCCUCACCAUGGAGUCUGUAAUCCUCGAAAACCGGGGAAACUUCGUGUUGUGUUUGAUUGCUCUGCCGCAUACAACGGAGUGUCGUUAAAUUCAGCGCUACUCCAAGGACCUGAUCUCACCAACGGCCUCUUGGGAGUGCUCUUUCGUUUCAGACAAGAGAAGGCAGCCCUGGUUGGGGACAUUGAAGCAAUGUUCCAUCAAGUCAAAGUACCCGAUGGCGAUUGAGAUUUUCUCAGGUUAUUGUGGUGGCCGGAUGGAGAUCUAGACAAUCCAGUGCAAGAGUUCAGGCUGGCCGUACAUCUUUUUGGAGCGGUCAGCUCCCCAAGUUGCGCCAACUUCGAUCUCCAGAAGACAGCAAGAGAUCAUGCGGCCCAAUUUGGAGAGGAAACAACCAGGAUUGUUCUGAAAAACUUCUACGUCGACGACCUCUUGAAGUCGGUCAAAUCCGUAGAAGAGGCACAGACCUCACAGAAGGAGCUCGUCCUACUUUGUGCUAAAGGGGGUUUCAAACUUACUAAGUUCAUCUCCAAUCGUGUGGAAGUUAUCAACUCGAUCCCUCCAGACCUUAGGGCCCCUUGUUUGGGCGCUAGGGUAGAGCUCAAAAUCGAUGGUGUGGUAGAACGAGCUCUCGGGAUCCUAUGGAGUGUUGACAGAGAUUGCUUCGAAUUCUCUGUGCUGCCGGAGCAGGAUUUGUCUACGAAAAGAAAACUUCUAUCUACUAUUAGUUCAGUCUACGAUCCUUUGGGGAUGGUCGCCCCAGCGGUUCUCCCUGCACGCUAACACUUCAGAGACUUGACUUUGCUUGCAAAUCAUGGAUGGGACACGCCAAUCCCACCAUGCGAACUUACCAAAUUACAAAAAUGGACGACCGAGAUGUCCAAGCUUGCAGGCUUGUCCAUUCCGAGGUGCUUCAAGUCAGCCUUGUCGGGAAACGUCAGAUCUUGUCAGCUUCACCACUUUUGCGAUGCCAGUGAAAGAGGCUAUGCAUCCGUGGCCUAUCUAUUGUUAGAGGAUUGCGAAGCCAACAUCAGUGUGUCCUUCGUUUCGGGAAAAGCCAGGGUUUCGCCCAAGAAAAUCGUUUCAAUCCCUAGAAUGGAGCUUAUUGCCGCCGUGCUUUCAGUAAAACAGAACAUUCACAUUGUGUCAGAGCUGGAGUACCAAAUCGACAAAGUACUAUACUAGACAGACAGUGUAACCGUGCUAAAGUAUAUAGCUAACACAAGCAAACGUUUCCAUAUGUUUGUCGCCAACAGAGUUGAGCUGAUUCUGGAGUCUUCAAGUCCUAGUCAAUGGCGUUUUGUGCCCACGUCAGUCAAUCCUGCCGACGACGGGUCAAGAGGUAUUUCAUUUCACCAAUUGAUCAAACAUUCGUCAUGGCUUACCAGCCCCCAAUUUCUAAGGACACUGUCCGAUGAAUGGCCCACUUCUCCUUAUAUCCCCGAAGUAAAGUCAGAUGAUCCAGACGGCCGAAAAGACACGAAAACUAUGGGAACAAUGGUGUCCGAAAAAGAGCCAAGUUUGAUUGAAAAGUUGGCCUGCAACUGCCACUCAUUCCAAAAGUUGGAAAGGGUGGUUUAUUAGAUAUUCGUUGCCGUCUCCCGGUUUGGAGGGCGGCAACAACCAGAUAAAACUAACGAGCAGCUGGAGACAGUUAUUUUCAGGAUGGUUCAACGAGAGUGGUUCAGCAAUGGGUUGAACGAGCUAGAAAAAAACGGCCAAGUCCGGCCGACCAGCAAACUAUCCAGUAUGAGUCCGAUGGUUGUCAACGGCCUGCUCAAGUCCAGAGGUCGUCUCCAAAACGCUUCAGCCUCAGACGACUUCAAGUUCUCAGUCAUUCUCCCCAAGGACUUGAGAGUUUGCGUGCUCAUUGUCCGAACCGCUCACCAAAGAUGUGGACACUUAGGAAGAGAAUACGUCCUCUCUGAGCUCAGACAAAAAUUGUGGAUCGUCGGAGCAAGUCAGUUGGUUCGGAGGGAAUUUUCAAAUUGUGUGACAUGCAAGAAGAUAAGAGGGAAAGCCAUUGAGCAAAUGAUGGCCGACCUCCCGGCCGACAGAGUUCAAGAAGCAAUGCCCUUUGAAAAUACCGGUGUGGAUUAUUUCGGUCCCUUUCUCGUUAAACGUGGCCGAAGCCAAGAAAAAAGAUAUGGGGUUAUGUUUACUUGUCUGUCCACUCGAGCUACGCACUUAGAAAUAGCUCAUUCCCUUAACACCGACUCGUUCAUUAACGCACUUCGAAGACUUAUUGCCCAACGAGACGCCGUGAAAGUCCUACGAUCAGAUAACGGCACAAAUUUCCACGGGUCAAAUAGAGAACUUAAAGACGAGAUCAAGAAACUUCAAGCCUCGCAAACAGACGUUUCCCAGUAUGGGAUUGAGUGGAAGUUCAAUGCCCCAGGGGCAUCGCAUCAUGGGGGGGCGUGGGAACGAAGUAUUCGCACUGCUCGACAGAUACUCCAAGCCCUACUACAGAACCAACACCAUGUCCUCUCUGAAGAAUGCCUCCAAACAGUUUUUUGCGAAGUGGAAGCAAUAAUGAACAGAAGGCCAUUGACUACUCCUUCCAACGACCCCAAUGACCUGGAAGCCCUUACACCAAACCAUCUUUUGAAUCUUCGAGGAGGCGAAACUCAUCUACUUUCCGACCAAGAUCAAACCCAUUUUGUUCGGUCACUGUGGAAAAGAAUCCAACAAUUGGCCGAUGUUUUCUGGUAUCGAUGGAAACGCGAGUACCUUGCGAACCUGAUGUCGAGACAGAAGUGGAUGAGCACAGUCCAAAAUCUCUGCCCAAGUGAUCUGGUCCUCUUUAUUGACAAUAGCCUGCCCAGAAAUCAAUGACUCAUGGGACGGGUCAUUCAGGGCCUCCCAGGAAAGGAUCGAAGGACACACGUGGCACAAACUCAAACAAAGAACGGUGUUCUCGUGCGACCUAUAUCUAAGCUCUGCCUGCUAUCAAAAUAUCAAGACGUAAACACAAAUUGAUGUCCGAACUCGCCGAUAUUCUCUCGUUCGAACAUGGUGGGUGGGAUGUUGCGGCCACCCUGGGCGUGAACAGGGAAUGGGUAGCUGAUGCGUUCCGUCCACGUGAAAAGAACACCCGAAGAUUGAGUGAACCAUUAAUACACGAUGUACGGCCUUGCGGAAACAAACUAUUGAAACUCUCAAUACAAUAAAGAGAACGUCUCAAUAUCGCUGUAACGAGCCAACAGGACGAGUCAUGCUUCCAAAGACUUCGAAUUUCGGGAAACAAAAGAAAGAAUUCCGAUCGUAUCAAGCCUAUCGUUCAAGUAAUGGUCCAUCGGCACUGCGGCCGUGUGCCAUAUGCAAAAGUCCGGAGCACUGGGCAAGUCAAUGCCCGCACCGAGCGACCUGAGGUGUUGUUUGCGAUUAGUUCAUUGGCCUCCUAAAGCUUGUUCUCGUGUUUAUUGUUUGAGAUGCUAGCAGUUAAAAAAAAAAUAAAAAAAAUGGUCUCUCUUCAAUUCCGAGGGUUUGAUUAUACCAUUAGGUGAACAAUAUUGGAGUACGUUUCCAAACCAUUUUUCAGACGGUGACAUCAUCGCUCAUUUCCAAGAUGAUGAAGAUCUUGGAAGCUAUUUCGAAACUCGAAAUAAAGCUAUUGAUCCAAGAGUGCCUGGGAGGAUUCACCAAUCUAUGUUCCGAAAUUAUUGGGUGAAUGUGCUGAAGGGGUCAGACAUGCAUCUAUCACUGCUAGCAGAGGGUUACAAACUACCUUUCGCCAGCCUACCACCAGUUUCUACGCUUAAAACAACUUUUCAGCUCGAUCACAUGAAAAUUUCGAUUUCGUCUGCAAGGCGAUAAAAAAUCACCUAGAGGUAGGGGCGAUUAAGCAAGUUCAUUAUAUCCCACACCUGGUAAUGCCUUUACAGGUAGUGGCACCUUUAGGCAAGAAAAAGCGGCUAAUCACUGAUCCAUCUCGCCAGCUCAAUCCAUAUUUACACAAACGAUCGGUAAAACUAGAAAAUUUACAUCGCAUUGCUGACUUGAUCCCCCAACAUUCUUGGUUUGGAGUAAUGGAACUAUCUUCGGGAUAUUAUCACAUUCGGAUUCACGAGCAGCAUCAAUCAUUCCUUGGUUUCAGUUGGGU